AUGCAUUUCCCCUCGUUGCUUGCGGGGCUUGUUGCCUGCCCCAUCGUCUUUGCUGCUCCGAAGCCAGUAUCCCACUCCAACACUCUAUCCAAGAGAUGUACCAACAGUGCUUCUGAUCGAUCAUGCUGGGGCGACUACGACACCUCAACAAAUUACUACACCACAGUCCCCGACACUGGAGUCACCCGCGAAUAUUGGUUCGAUGUCCAAAAUGGAACAGCCUCUCCAGAUGGCAUCGAGAGAGUAGUCUUAACCGUCAACGGGACAGUUCCCGGACCGACCAUCAUUGCUGACUGGGGUGACACCGUUGUUGUUCACGUAUCCAACUCCAUGUCCAAUAACGGUACCGGAAUCCAUUUCCACGGCGUCCGCCAAAACUACACCAACCAAAUGGAUGGUGUGCCCAGCAUCACACAAUGUCCCAUCGCCCCCGGCGACUCCUUCACCUACACAUGGCGCGCAACCCAAUACGGCUCUUCUUGGUACCACUCCCACUUCUCCGUUCAAGCCUGGGACGGAGUCUUCGGGGGAAUCACCAUCAACGGCCCCGCAACAGCAGACUACGACGAAGAUCUCGGCAACCUCUUCCUCAACGACUGGUCUCACGAGACAGCCGACGUGCUCGCCCUCCAAGCCGCCGCGUCUGGUCCCCCAACAAUGCCCAACUGCCUCAUAAACGGGACAAACGUCUACACCGACACAACAACUGAAGUCGAGACCGGCUCGCGCUUUGAACAGACAUUCGUGGCUGGGACGAAAUACCGCAUCCGUCUUGUGAACGGCGCAGCCGACACGCAUUUCCGGUUCACGAUCGACAACCACACCAUGGAAGUGAUCGCCAUGGAUUUCGUCCCCAUUGUGCCUUACAACGCAACCGAUAUCUCCAUCGGCAUGGGACAGCGCUACGAUAUCAUUGUCACGGCUUCGGAGACAAGUGGAGAUUACUGGAUGCGCGCCAUCCCCCAGGAAUCCUGCUCUGACAACGACAACGUCGACAAUAUCCUCGGCAUAGUGCGCUACGACUCCACCUCUACCGCUGACCCAACGACAACCGCUUACACAACCACGGACUCCUGCGACGACGAGGCGAUCGCAAGUCUGGUGCCUUACCUAUCCUACGACGUUUCCAGCACGUAUGACGUAGAAAACGACGAAGAAGUUUCCCUCGCCAUCGCAACGGGCGGCGUAUUGUGGGAAAUGGCCGGUACAUCCUUCGUCUCGGAAUGGAACUACCCAACCGUCCUCCAAGUCGCGGAAUCCAACGACACAUGGUCCACAGACCAGCACGUCGUCCAGCUCGCGACGGCUGAUCAAUGGGUGUACUUCGUUAUCGAGACCACGUUUGCACAGGCUCAUCCUAUCCAUUUGCAUGGCCAUGAUUUCUGGGUCCUCGCUAGUGGUACAGGGACAUAUUCUACGAGCACGACGCUUACUACGACGAAUAGCCCGAGGAGAGAUGUGGCGAUGUUGCCGGCGAGUGGGUUCUUGGUUAUUGCGAUGUAUACGGAUAAUCCUGGUGCAUGGUUGAUGCACUGCCAUAUCGCGUGGCACACCGCUGAAGGUUUCGCGCUGCAGCUCCUUGAACGCGAGUCUGAGAUGACGGCGCUGAUGGAUGUCACGAGUAUCAAUAGCACGUGUGCGAACUGGGACACGUACCAGACCGAUGAUGAUGUGGUGCAGGAUGAUUCUGGUGUGUAG